AUGGCGCUUGCAGCAGGGGCUCAAGCAGCCUCCACGGGCGAUGUAGCCAGAUUCACUACCUUUACACGGAAUCUCGGGCUAUCCAAAGUCAAUACGAAUGCUUUAGCGGCACGCUAUACAAAGCAGAACAACGAUCUAUUCCGGGCCCUUAAGGGAGGUGGCCCCAACUUUGGCAUCGUCUCUCGUUAUGAUCUGAACACUGUGCCGGUCUAUGAAGUCUGGGCGGAAAUGAGGUAUUACUCCGUCGAGCAAGCUUCCGCAGUGAUCGAUGCCUUCAUGGAGUGGCAGCUCAACGGAGCCUUGGACGUCAAAUCGAACGUGGCCAUUGAUAUCUCCUUGACCGCUAUCGUCAUUGGGCUUGUUUACUCCGAACCUGCCAACAACUCCAGCGCGUUUGCACCAUUCUAUGAUCUGGAGCCGGAGUCUAUUCCUGUUCCAGGAAUCAACACCACGUUUGUCGUUAUCGAUGAACUCCUGGGAUCUGCAUUUCCCGAUGCCAACGCUCGACACGACUAUCGCGGCUGCAGCACCCGCACCAACGCCAACUUGACCCGUGAUGUCUACGACUACUGGCUAGAGAAAGCCCAGGCAGCUUACCAGGCCACUGGUCUGGAUAUCCGACCUGGCCCUCAGCAAUGGUGGACCACUCUUGUGGACUGGGAGAAUGCGGCCGAUGACGAGGCCGCGCGAUCUGUCUGCAUCGAGACGACAAAAGUACUGGAAAAUCCCCUGGAAUCCUGUGGGCUGAAAAGUGUGAAGCAUCUGAAGGCAACUGCCAAGAAAUUCGACCCUACGCAGAUGUUCCAGAGGUUGCAGAAAAAUGGGUUCCUGCUCUCGAAGGUGUAG